CCGCCGCCGCCGCCGCCGAGCCGGGAUCAAGGCCGGAGCUGGGGGUCGGGCCCCGCCGCCGCCGAGGCCGCCGCCGGGGCUCCCGGGGAUGGUGGCGGCCGGAGCGGGGCGGCGGCUCCCCGCGCCCUGAGCGCCGAGGGGCCGCGGGCGAGGCACCAUGAGCGUGCGGCCUCCGCAGGCCCUCGACAGCCGACCGGGCAGCAAGAGGCAGCCUCACCUGCCCAGGUUAAGCAGCCUGUCUUCCUUGGGUGACUCGUCUUCAGAGCGGAGGUCUCCCGGGCACCACCGCCAGCCCUCCGACUCUUCCGAAACCACAGGUCUGGUCCAGCGCUGCGUCAUCAUCCAGAAGGACCAGCAUGGCUUCGGCUUCACCGUCAGCGGGGACCGCGUCGUCCUGGUGCAGUCGGUGCGGCCAGGGGGGGCAGCCAUGAGAGCCGGGGUGCAGGAGGGGGACCGAAUAGUCAAGGUGAACGGCACGAUGGUGACCAACUGCUCUCACCUCGAAGUGGUGAAAUUAAUCAAGUCCGGUGCCUACGUCGCUCUGACCCUCCUGGGCUCUCCCCCUCCCUCGGUGGGGCUCUCUGCUUCUCAGCAAGACGUGAGCACGGCGGGGGCUCCCCGCAUCACCCCCGCCUGUCCCCCGCCGCCUCCCCCGCCGCCGCUCCCCCCGCCGCAGCGCAUCACCGACCCCAAGCCCUUGCAGGACCCCGAAGUCCAGAAGCACGCGACGCAGAUUCUCCGCAACAUGCUGCGGCAGGAGGAGGCAGAGUUACAGCGCUUCUACGAGGCGUACAGCCGAAACCCUGCCACGGCGGUGGAGGAGCAGAUCGAGGGAGCGCGCCGGCGGGUCAGCCAGCUGCAGCUCAAAAUCCUCCAGGAGACUGGUGGCUCCAUGGAUUCGGGGCGGCUCUGCGGCGACUCCGGCUUGGCCGGGUUCAGGGUGGUGGAAGGACGCCUCUCCCUGGACUCACAGGAUGGUGACAGCGGGUUGGAGUCCGGGCCGGAGCGGUUCCCUUCCCUGAGCGAGACCUCCCUGAACCGCAACUCCGUCCUCUCCGACCACGGCCUGGACAGCCCACGAACCUCCCCGGUCAUCACCGCCCGCCUCUUCCAGCACCAUCGCCGGCAGGGCUCCGACACCCCCUUCACCCCCUCCGCCGACCAGGGGUCGGACCGGACAGGACGACCCCUCAUCAUCGGGCCGGAGGAGGAUUACGACCCGGGAUAUUUCAAUAACGAGUGCGACUUCCUCUUCCAGGACCUGGGCAAGCUGAAAUCCCGACCGGCGCAUCUGGGGGUCUUCUUGCGCUACAUUUUCUCCCAGGCAGAUCCCAGCCCCCUGCUCUUCUACUUAUGCGCGGAUGUUUGCCAGCAGACGACAGCCAAGGAUUCCCGGGUUUUGGGGAAGGACAUCUGGAACAUCUUCUUAGACAGGAACGCGCCUCUCCGAGUGAAAGUGUCUGAGCAGCUCCUGGCUGAGAUCGAGACUCGCCUCAGGAAUGGGGACGAUGUCCGAGCCACCCUCUUUGAAGCUCAGGAGAUGGUGAUGCCCGAGAUACAGGAGCAGAUCCAGGACUACAGAACAAAGCGCACCAUGGGCCUGGGGAGUCUGUAUGGGGAGAACGACCUCUUGGACCUGGAUGGGGACCCCCAGAAGGAGCGGCAAGUAGCCGAGAAGCAGCUGGCCCAACUGGGCGACAUACUGUCAAAAUAUGAAGAGGACAGGAGCUCCCCCAUGGCCUUUGCCCUCAGCACGUAUAUGAACCACACAGGCAUCCGCAGCCGGGAGCCCCGGGUGGCCGGCACCAGCGAGAAAGCCCAGUCGCUCCCGGACAGGGACAAGUGGCUGCCUUUCUUCCCCAAGACCAAGAAGUGCUCCUCUCGGGCGUCCCAACAGAGCAGCAGCACGAAGAAGGACAAGGACGCCAUGGAAGACAAGAAGCGCAACCCUAUCCUCAAGUACAUUGGGAAGCCCAAAAUCUCCUCCCAGAGCACAUUUCAUGUCCCUUUGUCCCCUGUUGAAGCAGUCAAACCCGGCAACGUGAGGAACAUCAUCCAGCACUUUGAGAACAACCAGCAUUACGAGAGCCAGGAGCCCGGCACCCAGCGCCUCUCCACCGGCAGCUUCCCCGAGGACCUGCUGGAGUCGGACGGUUCCCGCGCCGAGGUCAAGCUGGGCCGCUCGGAGAGCUUGAAAGGCCGGGAGGAGAUGAAGAAAUCCCGGAAAGUGGAAAACGUGCCUCGGUCCCGUAGCGAUGUGGACAUGGAUGCGGCGGCCGAGGCCACGAGGCUUCACCAGUCGGCAUCAUCUUCUGCUUCCAGCUUGUCUACAAGGUCGCUGGAAAAUCCCACCCCUCCAUACACGCCGAAGAUGGGACGCAGGAGCAUCGAGUCGCCCAGCCUGGGUUUCGGUGUGGACCCCUUCCUGCCUCAUCUCCUGGAGGACGAGCAAGGCCAGCUCUCCGACUUAGAGCCCGAGCUGGACUCCCAAAACUGGCAGCACACGGUCAGCCGGGAGCUGGUGGCCAACCUGCCGCAGAAGGAGAUCGACCGGCAAGAGGUGAUCAACGAGCUCUUUGCCACCGAAGGGUCUCACCUCCGCAUCCUCCGAGUCCUCGACCUCCUCUUCUACCAGCGGAUGAAGAAGGAGAACCUGCUGUCCCGGGAAGAGCUGGCGCUCCUCUUCCCCAACCUCCCUGACCUGAUAGAAAUCCACAAUUCUCUCUCCGAAUCCAUGAAGAAGCUCCGGGAAGAAGGACCAAUCAUCAAAGAAAUUGGGGAUCUCAUGCUGUCUCGGUUCGACGGCCUGGCCAAAGAGGAAAUCCAGCAGGUCGCUGCUGACUUCUGCUCUUACCAAUCCAUCGCCCUAGAGCUGAUCAAAACCAAGCAGCGCAAGGAGACCCGUUUCCAGAUCUUCAUGCAGGAAGCAGAAAGCAAUCCGCAGUGCCGGCGCCUGCAGCUCAAGGAUUUGAUCAUCUCCGAAAUGCAGCGCCUGACCAAGUACCCGCUGCUGCUGGAGAACAUCAUCAAGCACACUGAGGCGGGCACCUCGGAGCACGACAAGCUGUGCCGAGCCCGGGAUCAGUGCCGGGACAUCCUCAAGUACGUGAACGAGGCGGUGAAGCGAGCGGAGAACCGGCACCGGCUGGAGGGCUACCAGAAACGCCUGGAUGCCACCUCGCUGGAGAGGACCAGCAACCCCCUGGCUGCUGAGUUCAAGAGCCUGGACCUCACCUCCCGGCGCAUGAUCCACGAAGGGCCGCUCACCUGGCGCAUCGGCAAGGACAAGACAGUGGACCUGCACGUGCUGCUCCUCGAGGACCUCUUGGUGCUGCUGCAGAAGCAGGACGAGAAACUGGUGCUCAAGUGCCACAGCAAGACGGCGCUGGGCUCUUCGGACAACAAGCAGACCUUCAGCCCCGUCCUCAAGCUCAACUCAGUGCUCAUCCGCUCUGUGGCCACAGAUAAACGAGCCCUCUUCAUCAUCUGCACGUCGGAGUUGGGACCCCAGAUCUAUGAGCUGGUGGCGCUGACAUCCUCGGAGAAAAACACGUGGAUGGAGGUGCUAGAGGAGGCGGUGCAGAGUGCCACGAGGAAUGCCACCUUCCCCCCCAAGCGCCGGACGCCGGAGCCCACCCGCGCAGCACCCUCCGGCCUGGUGUUACAGGACCCCGACGUCUCCCCCAUUUUGUCCCGAGGCACCAGCUCUGGAGCGGAGGCAGAGGACUCCUCCUCAGCAGACGACAAUCCCUCCACGCUCCUGGGCAGGGAGAAGCCCCCCACGCUGCUGGAGGAGCCGGUGAGCAGCGAGGUAGAGGAAGAAGAGGAAGAGCUGCCCACAGCCCCCCCGCCCGAUGUGGAGGCAGCUGACACCCUCCCAGCCAAACGCCCGGGACCCCCCACCCGCCUGCUGCUCCCGGGGCCCGUCGGCAUGGAGGGGCUGGCCGAGGCAGCGCUGGAGGAUGUGGAGAACCUGCGGCUCCUGAUCCUUCGGAGGCUCCUGCCGUGCCGGGACGCAGAGCCUGAGGAUGACCUGACGCCCACGCCGUCGGUCAUCGGGGGUGCUGGCCAGGCCUGGGACUCGGUGCUUUCCAGUCAGGAUUCGGCCUCCCAGGAGGUGCUGGCAGAACCCCCGAGCGCCGCCGAGGACGCCAAACCCCGGUCGAGCCGGGAGGAGAUGGACGAGACGGGUCCAGCAGCCGAAGAGCCGAGCGGCUACAAAGUCGUCCGAAAAGCCCAGGCGGAGGGUGCUAAGGAGGCCACGCCCUUGCCAGGCAGCAGCCAAUCAGAAACUGAGCUGCAGGAAGGAGGCGGAGCUAAUGUAGAUGGCAACUACUUCUACGUCAGCAUGCCGGCGGGACCCCCCCAGCCCGCGGCCCCCGCGCCACCCCCCAGCCCCCCACAGGAGGCACCCGCCCGUCCCAGCCCCACCGAGGGGUCCCCGGACCCCCCAGCUCCCCUCCGCGACGUGGACCUCAUCUUCCGCACCAUCGAGCAGCUGACGCUGAAGCUCAACAGGCUCAAAGCUGUGGAAUCAGCCCACCGGGAGCUGCUGCGGUCCCUGGGGCGCAGCUCCUCGGCCGACGUCACCCCCCUGGGGGGCUCAGCCCCGGAGGUGGACGGGUGGGCCCAGCGGCCCCCCAGCCCCGACGGUGACAGCCCCUUGUCCCGCGCCCUCCGGACCCUGCAGGGCCCCAUCACCAACGCCCCAGGCUCCAGAGCCCCCCUCGCCGAGGACCCCGCUCACGACGCCGGCCUUUAGCCACAGCGGGGAGGGGGGGGGGAGGUGGGGUGUCUUCCCCCCUCCCCUACAGAGUCUCUCAAAGCCAGGGAGCUGCCCAACAGCCCCCACUGUGCCCCGGCAGCCGUGGGAGCCUCCCCCCCCCGCCCAAAAUCGCUGGGGGCUUCAGCUGGAAGGAGGGAGCACAAUCCGGCGGGGCCAGCAGCCGGGGUGUGUGUGUCCCCCCCCUCACUCCUUCGCAUGGCAGCCCUGGCUCGGCCCCCCCACCCCACCCCACGCCCCCCCCCACCCCCCCCGGCCGUGAGAGCUGGAUCUAGUCUGUAUAAAUGCACUUUGUUCUGUUCCUCUCCGUGCUGCGGCCCCCUCCCCGCUCCCCGCUGCCUAUAAAUAUGUACGUACGUGCACCCCUCCUGUAAAUAACCACCGCCGGCCCCCCCCCCCACCCGCCCCCCCCCCCCCAGCCAGAGACGGGGAUGGGGUGGGGGUGGGGGGGGACAGCGAGGACGCCCCAAGCACCGGGCUCUCCUCCCUGGCUGCCGCCGGUGACAAUCGGUGACCCGAGGGGGCGGCUGGGGAGCCAGGGCGACGGCCGGGGCGCGUCCCACCUCCGCUCCCCCCCCCAGCCCUUCUCCCCCUCCCAGGGCGUCACGGCGAGGCCAGCGCUGGGGUGUCUGAUAUAUAUAUUAUAUAUAAUAGAGCCAAGACUGACCAGUUGCUGUUC